AUGGAUAUCGCCCUCGAAAUCUGGGACACCUUUAUCGGUGAUCGUCUCUACGCCUCUCUUCUUCCCGUAUCCCUCUCCUCGUCGGUCUCGCUUCCCAGCUUCACCACUGUCGCCAACAGCACCCUGUCCCUCUUCGGCGCAUCUCAACCCUAUGUCUAUGAACCGGCCACCCAAUUGAUUUACUUGGAGCCUUCCAAAUAUGCCUACAUGAGCGCUUGGCCAAGGAACAACAUUUACCGCCAAUUCCUCAGUUUCUUCUUGAUCGUCUGGAUUUUUGGAAUCAUCGUCUACUUCAUCUCCGCAAGUCUGUCGUACAUCUUCAUCUGGGAUAAGACGACCGUCCACCACCCCAAGUAUCUCAAGAACCAAAUCCCUAUGGAAAUUGCCCAGACUAUGCGCUCCAUGCCAGUCAUGUCUCUCUUGACUGCCCCCUUCUUGGUUGCCGAAGUCCGCGGUUACGCAAAGCUCUAUGAUACGUUCUCCGACGAGCCAUUCCCUUACUACAGCAUCUUGCAAUUUCCGCUGUUCAUCAUGUUCACCGAUCUCUGCAUCUACUGGAUUCACCGCGGCUUGCACCACCCGCUCAUCUACAAGACGCUACACAAGCCUCACCACAAGUGGAUUAUGCCCAGUCCCUUCGCUUCUCAUGCUUUCCACCCGCUUGAUGGCUGGUCCCAAAGCGUUCCUUAUCAUGUGUUUCCGUUCAUCUUCCCGCUUCAGAAGGUGGCCUACGUGUUCCUCUUCGGAUUCAUCAACCUCUGGACCGUGCUGAUCCAUGACGGCGAGUACGUUGCCAACAGCCCUGUAAUUAACGGAGCGGCCUGUCACACCAUGCACCAUUUGUACUUCAACUACAACUACGGCCAGUUUACCACCCUCUGGGAUCGCCUCGGAGGGAGCUAUCGGAAGCCCAACGAGGAGCUCUUCCGCCGCGAGACGAAGAAUGGCCAGGAAGAAUGGAAGAGGCAGACCAAGGAAAUGGAGUUCAUCCUCAAGACGGUCGAAGGCGAUGACGACCGGGCGUAUUUGGCCGAUACGCAGACCAAGAAAGUCCUAUGA